AUGAUUAUGAGCAUUUGCCUACGCUUCUGCAACGAUCCUGAUUGCAGUAAUGACUACGAGCUUCCUUUCGGCACACGAGGCUACGAACGGCGUCAAAAGCAAAGUGAACCUAUUGACGGACCCGUCCAGGGAGGCGCACAUCCUGCCCCUUCUCUCGCAGCCUUGCCUCAAAGUGGCGACGAGUACUUUCCCCAAACCUCAGAUCCCUUUCUAUCAUUAUCGACCCAGUUGCGAGCAGACUCCGACGAGAGUACCGCCAAGUUCACCAGCGAGGAUGGGCAACAUGAUUCUUCUUCCGAUGCUCACGACCCGAGCAACGAUAAACAAGCUUUCCGGGCUCCACUUCCAACUCCUGCUACCCUUGCCGAUGCGCGUGACCUGAUAAGAGAAGAUGAGCAGAGCGAAUACGAUGACGAAAACGACGAUGAAGACGGUAGAGAUGGGGAGGAAGAUAAUGACCAAGACGAAGAGGAAGACGAGAAAGAAGAUGCAAACGGAUAUUGA